CCUUCCUUCCGCUUCGCCCGCCCGUAGUGGGAGUGGGAGAAGAGAAUGAGCAGCAGCAGUGAGGCUAGCACGCAAGACCAUGGCGUGACGGCGCAGGCUGGCGCGGAAGAGCAUGGUGUGCCGGCGCUCGAGGUGCAGGCUAGCGCGGAAGAGCAUGUUUUGCCGGCGCUCGAGGCGCAGGACAGCGGGCAUGACCAUGGCGUGCCGGCGUUCGACGAGGAGCCCACGCCGGCGGAUACGGACAGGAUACUGGCCGCCGUGGCGCAGCUGGCGCGACGUCGGAGGCUGGAGGCAAGGCGGCUGGGCCGCACUGCACCCGCGGGGGCGGAGGGCGAGGCGCCGAAGCGGGCGCGUCCGGUCUCCGCGGGGUCCUCGUCCCGCGAGUCCGCGAAGGUGGCGCCCGAGCCGCAGGAAGGGGCUUCUGAGGUGGUGCCGCCGGGGGGUUGGCCCAAGUCCGUGUCGCACGGCGGGUUGUCGGUGAUCGGGCGGCGGCGGGAGAUGGAGGACGCGUUCGCCGUCGCCGCGCCGUUCCUGCUGGUGAAGGCGGCGGCGGGGAAGGAGGAGGAGGAGAGCGGCGAGGGGGAGGAGAAAGAGAAAGAGAAAGACGGCGGCGGCGGGGAGGCGGAGGCGGAGGCGGAGGCGGAGGUGGAGUUCUUUGCGGUGUACGACGGGCACGGCGGGCCACGGGUGGCGGACACGUGCCGGGAGAGGCUGCACGUGGUGCUCGCGGAGGAGGUGGCGCGGCUGCACCUGCAACUCGGGAAAGGCGGCGGCGGCGACGACGGCGGCGGCGUGCUGCGGCGCUGGAGGGAGGCCAUGGAGGCCUGCUUCGCCCGCGUGGACGGCGAGGUCGUGGUGGUGGAGCGCGAGGUGAACAAGAACAAGAACAACGCCGGCGACACGGUGGGCUGCGGCUCCACCGCCGUCGUGGCCGUCGUGGGGCCCCGUCACAUCGUGGUGGCCAACUGCGGCGACUCCCGCGCCGUGCUCUCCCGCGGCGGCGUCCCCAUGCCGCUGUCCUCCGACCACAAGCCAGAUAGGCCUGAUGAGUUGGAAAGGGUAGAAUCAGCAGGUGGCAGGGUCAUCAACUGGAAUGGGUACCGUGUCCUGGGGGUGCUUGCGACGUCAAGGGCAAUUGGUGACUAUUACAUGAAGCCAUUCAUAUCAGCUGAACCAGAGGUGACUGUUACAGAGCGUACUCAGAAAGACGAGUUCAUCAUCCUGGCGAGCGACGGGCUGUGGGACGUCAUGACCAACGAGGUGGCUUGCAAGGUCGCGAGGAACUGUCUGUGCGGGCGCGCGGCUGCCAAGUAUCCUGACACCGUCCACGGGAGCUCGGCUAGCGAUGCUGCCUCGAUGCUGGUGGAGUUCGCCAUGUCCCGCGGCAGCACUGACAACAUCAGCGUCGUGGUGGUGGAGCUGAAGCGUCUGAAGAGGUGGAAGGGUGCUAGACAGAAUGGUAGGACGUAGCCUGUAGGAGUCCCUCCGGCUCGUCGCGAAAUAUAAGCAUGGCGCGACAGUGCUGGGAGGUGAAGGGAAGCAGCCGAGCAUAUGACGGAAUGGUGUAAAAAGAAGAAGAAGAGAGGGCUGUGACCCUUGAGAGCUGCACCUAUGCUGUGACCAGGUGAGUGUAGGAGCUACUCGUAGCUGUGCCGUUGUAUUGCGUUGGUUACUUGGUUCUUUAGUUCAAUAUACUAACAAAAUGGCAUUCCGGCCGAUGAAAUUAAAGCAGCAGGAAGCUGGGCUGUUUUUAAUAGUUCUGGUCGAUUUGUUCAAGUCAGAUAAUUUCUGACCGUCCAAUUUUUUUUUUCUGAACCAGAGCUAGUGUACUAUAUAAUGUAGAUUGUCAAAAACUUGCGGUAGCAUCUUCAGGCGGUCAAGCAGUUUAUUGUCAGCAAAGACCCCUGUCCGUGAGAAUUGAUAAAGGGCUCCCCGGUCUCUCAGCCACCGGGCAGUAUUUGGCUAUGUCGUGCGAGAAAUAGAUUUGCAUUGUGGUUUGAUUGC